AAUGAUUAAUGAUCCUCUUUAAAUGAAAUUAGAAGUCACCUUUCUUCAUCUGCUUCUUGUUUUUUCUUCGUCAUGCAUAGAGAUCACAAUGAGGUUUCUUUCUAUGUACAUUUUUUUGCAUACGAACAAAACCUUUCAUCUGAACGAUUGCUGCUAGCCUUUUCAUUAUGAAUUGCAUGAAUCGUAGUUUUGCUGCACGCGUAUAUCUUUCAAACAUUCCUUAAACAUGAAUAUGUUUUGUGAGAGUGCUUCCAGUGUAUGUGUUGGAAACCAUGUUUGGGUUGAUGAUCCUGAGGUAGCUUGGAUAGAUGGGGAGGUUGUUGAAAUCAAUGGAGAAGAUAUUACAGUCAACUGUACAUCAGGGAAAGCAGUUGUUACCAAAGCAUCCAAUGUCUAUCCAAAAGAUACUGAGGCCCCAUCAUGUGGUGUUGAUGAUAUGACAAAGCUUUCUUAUCUUCAUGAACCAGGAGUUCUCUAUAACUUGAGAUGUAGAUAUGAUAAUGAUGAGAUAUAUACUUACACAGGAAAUAUAUUGAUUGCUGUAAACCCUUUUAAACGAUUACCUGAGUUGUAUGGUAAAUGUAUCAUGGAAAAGUAUAAAGGAGUUGCACUUGGGGAGUUGAGCCCUCAUCCUUUUGCUAUUGCUGACGCUGCUUACAGGCAGAUGAUUAAUGAUGGGGUAAGCCAGUCAAUUUUGGUCAGUGGAGAAAGCGGAGCUGGUAAGACAGAAAGCACGAAAAUGCUUAUGAAUUAUCUUGCAUAUAUGGGAGGGAGAGCUGCUGCUGAGGGGCGGAGUGUGGAGCAACAAGUUCUUGAGUCAAAUCCGGUUCUUGAAGCAUUUGGGAAUGCAAAAACAGUAAGAAACAACAAUUCAAGCCGUUUUGGUAAGUUUGUUGAGAUUCAGUUUGAUAAAAGGGGAAGAAUCUCCGGUGCCGCUAUCAGAACAUAUCUUCUGGAAAGAUCUCGCGUGUGCCAGGUUUCUGACCCUGAAAGGAAUUAUCAUUGCUUCUAUAUGCUUUGUGCUGCACCAGUAGAGGAUGUUGAAAAGUACAAAUUGGGAAACCCUAGGAACUUUCAUUAUUUAAACCAGUCAAAUUUUUUUGAGUUGGAUGAAGUGGAUGAAUCUAAAGAGUACCUUGCCACCAGGCGAGCCAUGGAUGUUGUUGGGAUCAGUUCUGAUGAGCAGGAUGCCAUUUUUAGGGUUGUGGCUGCAAUACUUCACUUGGGCAACAUCGAGUUCACAAAGGGAAGCGAGGCUGAUUCUGCAGAACCUAAGGAUGAUCAGUCUCGCUUCCACCUGAAAACUGCAGCUGAACUUUUUAUGUGUAAUGAGAAGUCCCUAGAGGAUUCUUUGUGUAAACGCAUCAUUGUAACUCGUGACGAGAAGAUAACAAAAUGUCUGGAUCCCCAUGCUGCUGCUAUCAAUCGAGACGCUUUGGCAAAAACGGUCUACUCUAAACUAUUUGAUUGGCUCGUUGACAAGAUUAAUAAUUCAAUUGGCCAAGAUCCCGAUUCUCAGUUGUUGAUUGGGGUUCUGGAUAUUUAUGGAUUUGAGAGUUUCAAGACAAACAGUUUUGAACAAUUCUGCAUUAAUUUGACUAAUGAAAAGUUGCAGCAACACUUCAACCAGCAUGUCUUCAAAAUGGAGCAAGAAGAGUACACCAGAGAAGAAAUUGAUUGGAGCUACAUAGAGUUUGUUGAUAACCAAGAUGUUCUUGAUCUUAUUGAAAAGAAACCUGGUGGAAUUAUUGCUCUGCUGGAUGAAGCUUGCAUGUUCCCAAGGUCGACACAUGAGACCUUUGCUGAGAAGCUCUAUCAGACCUUCCGAGACAACAAACGUUUCAACAAGCCAAAGUUAUCACGAACUGACUUCACUAUUGUUCAUUAUGCUGGUGAGGUCACAUAUCAAACUGAGUUAUUCUUGGAUAAGAACAAAGACUAUGUCAUUGCAGAGCACCAAGAACUCCUCAGUUCAUCAGGGUGCUCUUUCAUCUCAGGUCUAUUCUCACAACUACAUGAAGAAUCUUCUAAAUCAUCAAAGUUUUCCUCUAUUGGCACUAGAUUUAAGCAACAACUGCAAUUAUUACUUGAAACACUUAGUGCCACCGAGCCUCACUACAUUCGAUGUGUAAAGCCAAAUAACCUUUUAAAGCCAGCCAUCUUUGAGAAUCAGAAUGUUCUCCAGCAACUUCGGUGUGGGGGUGUUAUGGAAGCCAUUAGGAUUAGCUGUGCUGGUUUUCCCACCCGGAGACAGUUCGAUGAGUUUGCUAGACGUUUUUCUGUCCUUUCUCCUGAAGUUCAGAGUGGCAGAUGUGAUGAGGUCACUGCUUCCAAGAUGAUUUUAGAGAAGGUUGGUCUCAAAGGCUACCAGAUUGGCAAAACCAAGGUGUUUCUCAGAGUUGGGCAGAUGGCUGAAUUAGAUGCACACCGUAAUGAGCUCCUUGGAAGAUCUGCAUGUACUAUACAGAGAAAAAUCCGUUCCUACUUUACCCGCAAAACCUUUCUUUUGUUACGAGAUUCAGCAAUUGAAACCCAAGCUAUAUGCAGAGGUCAGCUUGCACGCAGCUUCUAUGAGUGGAUGAGAAGAGACAUGGCUUCUUUGGUGAUUGGAAAAUUCGCACGUAUGUUCCUUUCAAAGAAAGCUUACAAGUUGCUUUGCUCUUCAGCUGUUUUCAUCCAGACAGGGUUACGUGGGAUGGCGGCUCAUAAUGAGCUUAACUAUAGAAGAAAAAGAAAAGCAGCCAUCACUAUUCAGAGCCAUUUCCGUGGAUUCUUGGACCACAUUUACUAUAAGAGAAUGAAAAAAGCAGCUAUUACUGCGCAGUGUGCAUGGAGGGUAAGAGUUGCACGCAAAGAGCUACGCAAACUUAAAAUGGCUGCAAAAGAAGCAGCUGUUCUGCAAGCUGCCAAUAGUAUGCUGGAAAAGCAAGUUGAAGAGCUCUCUUCACAAUUGGAGCUUGAGAAGCGCAUGCGGGCUGACAUAGAGGAAGCCAAGACUGAAGAAAAUGCGAAAUUACAGUCUGCUUUGGAUGAAAUUCGACAUCAGCUUCAAGAAACGAAGGAAUUGUUCAUGAGGGAACAUGAGAAAGCAAAUAAGAGUGCUGAAAUACUGGAAGCCAGAAAUGAAGAACAUGUGAAGUUGCAGUGUGCUUUGGAUGAAAUGCAACUUCAGUUGCACGAAACUAAAGAAUUGCUCAUGAGGGAAAAAGAAAAGGCAAAUGAGACUGCUGAAAUAGAGGGAGCCAAAACUGAACAACAAGUGAAGCUACAGUCUGAUUUGGAAGAAAUACGACUUCAAUUUCAAGAGACUAAAGAAUCACUUAUGAGGGAAAGGGAGAAAGCAAAGGAGACUGCUGACUUAGUGGAAGUAAGAGCUGAAGAACAUGAAAAGCUACAGUUUACUUUGGAAGAAACACGACUUAAGUUUCAAGAGACUAAAGAAUUGCUCCUGAGGGAACGAGAGAAAACAAAAGAGACUGUUGAAGAAAAUGCUAAACUGCAGUCUGCAUUGGAAGAAAUGCGACUUAAUAUUCAAGAGACUAAAGAGUUGCUUCUGAGGGAACAAGAGAAAGCAAAGGAGACUGCUGACAAGGAACAAGCCAAAACUGAAGAAAAUGUUAAACUGCAGUCUGCAUUGGAAGAAAUGCGACUUCAGUUUGAAGAGACCAAAGAAUUUCUAAUGAAAGAACGUCAAAGAAAAGUGAGUGCUGAAACGGUGUCUGUGGUCCAAGAGUCUCAGGUCAUUGAUCAUGAAAUGGUCAAUAAGCUUGUUACUGAAAAUGAACAGCUCAAGGCUUCAGAAGAAGCGAAAACCCGGGAAAAUGCAAGACUAGAGUCUGCUUUGGAAGAAAUGAAGCUUCAGCUCCAAGAGACUAAAGCUUCGCACAGGAUGGAACAUGAGACUCCAAAUAGGACUGAUGAGGAAAUGCCUGUGGUACAAAAUUUCCAGCUUAUUAAUGAAGAAAAGGUCAAUGAGCUCACUUCUGAAAAUGAGUCACCUAAGGAAAAAGCUAAAACCCAGGAAAAUGCAAAACUACAGUCAGCUUUGGAAGGAAUGAAGCUUCAACUCCAGGAUACUAAUGAACUGCUCCUCAAGGUUCAUGAGCCUAUGGAGAACAUUGCAGACCAGCUACACACUGCACAUGAGACGCAGAAGAUUUUUGUUGAGAAGGUGUCUGCUGUACAAGAGGUCAAGUUAAUUGAUCAUGAAACUGUCAAUAAGCUUAUGGAUGAAAACUUUCAGCUUAAGGCCUUAGUUAGCUCUUUGGAGAAGAAAAUCAAUGAAACAGAGAAAAAAUACGAGGAAACAACCAAACUUGGUGAGGAGCGGUUGAAGCAAGUGAUGGAUGCGGAGUCCAAAAUCAUUGAGUUAAAGACUGACAUGCAAAGGCUUAAGGAGAAAUUAUCUGAUAUAGAAACUGAGGAUCAUAUCCUUCGACAACAAAAAGUAUUGAAUUCACAGUCUAAAAGAAUGUCAGGACGGUUCACUAUAGGCAAUCAGCCUUCUGAGAAUGGCCAUCAGGAUCCACAAGCAUUAAAAGCACUAAAGCCAUUUGGCACCUUAUCGUUGAGAAGAUCCCAAAUUGAGAGGCAAAGAGAGAGUGUUGAUGUUCUUCUCACAUGCAUCAAGGAAAAUCUCGGUUUCAGUGAAGGAAAACCAGUUGCAGCAUUUACCAUAUACAAAUGCCUUCUUCAUUGGAAAUCAUUUGAAGCAGAAAGAACUAAUGUAUUUGAUCGACUUAUUCAGAUUAUUGGUUCUGCUAUAGAGGAUGAGGCAAACAACAUGCACAUGGCUUAUUGGCUGUCAAACACAUCCAUUUUACUAUUUCUUCUUCAACAUACACUACGAGCUAAUACAGUUUCAACUCCUAGCAAACCCCCCCAACCGACAAAUUUUUUUGGAAGGAUGUUCAGCAGGUCAUCUUUUUCUUCAUCCAACCUCUCAAUUGGUGGGCUUGAUGGAAUCCGUCAAAUUGAAGCAAAGUAUCCUGCUUUACUUUUCAAGCAACAGCUCACUGCCUACAUUGAGAAGAUUUAUGGAAUCAUUAGAGAUAACUUGAAAAGGGAACUGUCAUUGGUGCUUUCUUCAUGUAUCCAGGUUCCCACAGAAUCAAGUGGAACCACUCGAGGAAAACCUUGGCGAAUCAUCACUGAGAAUCUUAGUGGACAUCUCAAUACAUUAAAUGAAAAUUAUGUACCUCAAUUUCUUGUGCAGAAUAUGGUCAUCCAGAUUUUCUCUUAUAUUAAUGUACAGUUAUUUAACAGUAUCCUCCUUCAAAAAGAAUGCUGUACUUUUAAUAACGGUGAAUACAUAAAAUCUGGCUUAGAUGAAUUAGAACUUUGGUGUGGACAUGCAAAAGAAGAGUAUGUGGGCUCCUCUUGGGAUGAACUGAGGCACACAAGGGAGGUUGUUGGAUUCUUGGUUCUGCAUCAUAAGGGAAGAAUUACCUAUGCUGAUCUUAUAACCGACUUGUGCCCUAUUCUGAGUAGUCAACAGCUCUACAGAUUAUGUAUGCUAUCUUGGGAUGACAGCAACAACACUGAAAGUGUAUCUGCAGAGGUAAUUACCAGCAUUAAGGUUCUUGUAUCAGAAGAGGAUUCGGAUGAUUCCGAGAAUAACUCCUUCGUUUUGGACGACAAUUCGAGUAAUCCUUUCUCUGUUGAGGAGUUUUGUAAUUCGCUUAGAGAUAUCAAUUUCACCGGUGUAAAACCUGCUACAAAACUCGUUGAACAUCAAGGCUUCGAGUUUUUACGUGCAUAAUGCAGUGAGGUUCUUUAGCAUAUAGGCUUCUCCUUUAGCUUCCUGCAGACUGGGAGGAUUUUGGUGCAGAUUUCUUCUUCAGUCAAUCCCACUCUGUAAAUCCACACUUAUAGCAUCCACUGCCACUGUUCCCAGGUUUUUCCCUAGUCAUCUUACAUAGAUUUUGUAGGCGUAGCUAAGAUAUAGGGAGCAGAUUGAAUAUUAGCCAGCAGUUAUUAGAAGAAUCUCUAGUUCCCAUUUAUUUAUUUAUUCACUUAUUUAUUCACAAAUAUUAUGUUUCUGUUGUAAAUAAGUGAAAUUUUUAUUUUCGGUUACAUUAUCACCUCUAUUAGCAUAAUAUAUGUUUGGUUCAUAAUAACCACCUAAUCCUGAGAGAUUACAUCUAGCAUGCAUAUAAAUAGAAGUUUCACUUUCCUUAUAAUUACAGAGAUUACACAAUUCAAUUAAAAGUAUUAGUCAUAUGACCUCUCCCAGAUUCUUUUUAGAUUUUUAUGUCUUUAAUUCCGGCUUUUAGUUAAGGUUAGCUCUAUCAUAUUAGUUAUUAGCAUGGUAAUAUAUGAUUUUGUUUGUGCAAAACGAAACAACAAAUACUUGCAACUGCAAAAAAGACAUCUAUGUUUGGUUCGUUAUGAGUUCACCCAUUCGUACCCAGUAUUGUUUUUAUAUUCCCAUUAGUUUUCAAUUCUUUUUUGUGAAGAACUUUUAUCCAUACAGUAAUCUUUAUUUCCAGGUUUUAACAUAUACUGAUAUACGUAGUAAUUUGUUAAGUCAUUCUAUAUUAAUAAAAAGACAUGCAAACAAACAAAUUUGAUCAUUGCAAACAAAUAUUGGUAGCAAGUUGCAACAGUUCAAUUUUCAAGUUUGUCAACACAAUUAAUAAUAUUUUUCAAAAAUUUAAUUUAUAAUGCAUUAAUAAAUAAAACGCAAAUAGUAUAGUACUGGGCAGCCGGGCUCCCAUUUUUUUUUUUCAGUUUUGCACUGGAACCAGCACAUGGCACCGACCCAAAUUAGUUCCAAUUCCCUCCAAACUGAAAUCGGAACUGACUGUUCUAGACUUCUGCCUCUGCUACAUAAAUAGAACAUGAACCUUCUCAACCGGAAUUGCAUGACCGAGUAAGUCUAUUUUUGGACUCAGGGUUCGAAUGAUACAUGUUGGGUAUACUUAUAUAAGAUAUUGGGCUAUCAAUUUUAUGAAAUCAAC